AUGGAAGAGAUCUAUCCCCGGCUGGUAUCAGGCGGUGGUUUGGAGAUAUUAAGGACUGGUUUAUCACUCAAAGAUUUGUAUCUUAUUACCCCUCCACCAAAUAUUGGAUAUUCUGUCCACUUUCUUCGUGAUAGUUCUGGUCUAGGGCAGGCAAUUGCAUAUAUUAGACCAGUUCAAGCUGAUCUAGAUUCCUCAUCCUUGGAAACGAAGGAUCACGCUCAUGCAGGAGAUGCUCCAGAAAACGAGGAUAUAUCUAUUGGACCAACAGUGAAAUGCUUAAAUUGUUCAGUGCAGAUCCCAAUGAAUUCAAUCAGGAAUCAUAUGGUUGAAUGUGGAAUGGACAAUCACCAUAAACAAUUUAAGAAGGUCAAGAUCAAUAACAAAAGAAGACUGUCAUUGAAGAGUAUUGAGAUGCUACAAUUGUCAGUGACAGUCCAGUUUUUCGAGUUUAUGUCAACCGCAUGGCAAGUAACUUCGCCAAUGACAUUUUGGGAAUUUACAAGAAUCACAGUAGUAAGUUGUGUGCUCGGUUCAGUGGAAAGUUUGAAAAGGAAACUUCAGUUGGCAGUGGUCCAUGCGAAAACUUUUCAGCCUAGUAAUGAAAAUGAUUCUUGA